UGUGUUUCUUUGAUAACUAAAAAUGUUUAAAAUUGUGUUUAUGUUCAUGUUCAUCUGGCUGGGAUGUCUGGGAUUUGAGGUGCGCUUUAAGCAGAGCUAUCCCAGCUAUGGCAUAAGCUCGGACUCGGCUGCGCGCGACAAACGCGACAAUCAGCAAUUUUUUGAUAAAGCUGGCUACAGUUUCGAUGGUCUGGAUCGCAUUGCCUCGGUGCCGGUGCCGUUUCCGCUGGACAUUUGCAUGCUGCAGCUGCCGCAGGUGAAAUAUGCCACAGCGUUGCACAAAGACGCGGAUGGGGCACGUCACUUUGCCGUCUACGAGUGGCAGCCAAAGCAGCAACAAUAUGUGCAGCUGCUGCAGCAACCAGCAUCCAAAGCCAUAGCGCUGGACUGUUUGGCCUAUGCGGGAUUGGGCUAUGUGGCGCUGAGCUUUAACUUGAGUGAGCCCGUAGUGCAGGCACGCGAUGGUUCGCCCGUGUUUGAGCUGUCGCCGGAGCGUGGACUGCGCACUGUGCAGUAUUUUGCCGGACAACGACUGCGUGGCAUGUACUUGAGAGUGAGCAGUCAGGAGCUGACGCUGCUGCAGGCCUAUGAGGGCAACGAGCAGGGACAACAGCGCUGUCCCUACUUCAAGUGGCUGGGCGGCAGUUUUCAGCGCCUGGGCGCCAUUCCCUGCAGCAAUGCGCGUCGCUUGGAAGCCUUUGGCAUUGACUACGCCGACUAUGUGGCUGUGGCUAACUAUGCCAAUGCCGCCGGACGCACCUCCACGCACUCGGAGAUUUACAAAUACGACAGCGCCAAGCGACGCUUUCAAUUGUUUCAACGCUUGCGCAGCUUUGGCGCCGUUGAUGUCAAGUACUUUAGUCUGCCAGUGAGCGAAGUGUCCAGACGACACUUUCUUAUACUCGGCAAUACAGUGGGCGUGGCUAAUGCCAGCGCUGAGGCGGACACAGUCAUCUAUGUCUUUGACAAUGGACAAUUUGUGCCCUAUCAGCGUCUGAGCUUCUUUGCUCUGGAACGCGUACUGCCCAUGACGCAUGCAAUUUCAGAAAAGUUUCUGCUGCUUGUUGCAUGCAACAAGCAAGCGGUCAAAAUUUAUAAUAUGAACGACUGGAAGUUUGAGGAAUCAACGGUGCAGUUCACCGAGGGCGCACUCAGCAAGGGCGUGGCACGCAUGCGCAGCUACGAAGAGACAGGAUCAAAGCUACUUGUGAUUGCCAAUGAGAACAUGGCGGCCAAUGAGACGAACAUAUUCCAGCCGCUCUACAAGCAGGACGAGCAUGCCAAUGUGCUGAGGCAACACAUAAUUGAGUGGGCACGUGAGCAGAUCAAGCGCUUGCAGCAGCUGAAUGUGGCACAGUUGAAGCUUGAGUUGCAGCAAAAGUUGAGCGGCAAUUUGCAGACCGCGCACAUAAAACGCGUGAAUACCAAAAAUUUUGUGGAUGCGAGUCGCAGAUUGAAUGUAAACUAUUGGGAUGCACUGCGUUAUGCCAAGCGCGCUGUGGAUCUGCUGGAGGAGCAUGCUGCCAAACGUCGCGGGAAAAGACAAACGCAGCAUGAGUUUGAAGAGAUUACAGUGCGUACGCUGCUGGUGCGCAGCAAGUUGCAAGCAGGCAACAUCAAUGGACUUGAUGUGCAGCAACCAGUUUAUAAUUCAAUCAAUGCCAGCAAGGUUUAUGUAAGUGAUGUCUACAAGGAAGCGCCAGGCGCAGCAGCAGCACAAACGCUGGAGAACUUGACACUGCAGCAGUUGCAAUUGGAGCAGCAGGCAACGCUGAAUGGCCACAGCUGGACUGAGCUGCUGCAGCAGACGCUCAAGCGACGCCACAGCGAAGUGCAGUUCCUCAAAGCGCCGCUGGUGCUAAGCAAUCUCAAAGCUGAAGCGGUGCGUGUGAAUGCAAAUGAAAUCAAUGAGCGUCCUUUGAGCCAGCUGGUGUCUGUAGACGGUGGCGACUUUGUAGUGCAGCAGGAUGUGCGCUUUGCUCAGCCCAUCGAAGUGCAGCAGCUGCGCAUCAAUGAGCGUCUCAAUCAUAUACACGUGGAUAGGCAGCGCCUCGAUGUGCUCACCCGUCGAGCGAAUCAUACCCAGCGCAUUGAGGGCAACAAGCGUCUGCAGCAUAUGCGCGUGCUGGAGCCCAUUGCCAUAGCCGGUCAGUUGUUGGGCGCCGAGCUGCAGGCUGUGUCGCCUAUGAAAGCUACACAUCAGCAACUGCAGCUAACCGGCGACUAUGUCAUCGAUGGCGAUGUGAUUAUUGGACAGCUUAUGCAGCUGCAAGAUCUGCAUGAUGUGGCCACCAACAAACACAGAUCAGCCGAGUUAAUACUGCAGCAGGCAUUGCCAGUGGACAAGCCGCUGGAGAAUGUUAAUCUGCGCUUUGAGCAGCCGCUGCUUGCGAAUCAUACAGAGCUCAGUUUUCUUAAUACUCGCGAUCUGCAGCAGCUUGUGCAACUAAACUCCGCUGAGGUGCAGCUGGUGCAAGGCUACAAGCACUUGCCACAGAGUCUAAGCAUUGAGCAAGGCUUUGGCGAGGUGCACACAUUGAAUGGCGUGAGUGUGGCGCAAUUGUCGGAGCAGCUGCUGCUCAAGAGCAGCAACCAAACUCUUAGAUAUGCCAUGCAGCUGGGCGGUCUGGAGGCGCCACAAUUAACAGCCACAGAACUGCGUUUAAAUGGCUUGCAAUUGCCACAAUAUAUGCAACGCAGUGGCGUGCAACAUUCCAAUGCCACACUCUAUGUGCAGCAGUUGCAAGCGCAGCAUUUGCAAGUGGAUCAACUGCGGCUGCAUGGCAAACUAUUUGGUCAUGAUCCGCACGAGCUGCAGCAGCUGGCGGCGGCGCAACGUUCGCACUUGUGGCAGCUGCCUGCCAAUUUUAGUGGCAGCAUACAAGCGACACAAAUGUUUCUACAAGGAGACAUCAACAAUGUGAGCGUGGCGCAAGUGGAGCAACAGUUGCAACAACUGGCGGGCAACAUCAAAUAUGUGGGCGACUUUAGUUUUCGUCAUCCAUUGAACAUUAGCACUCUUAGCUUUAGCGACAGUCUGAACGGCAUUGAAGCUCACAGAUUUGGUCACUGCUGGCUGCAGAGCACCGGCGAUCAGCUGUUCACUGCUCCGCAAACUUUGGCUGGCAUUACAGCCGAACAAGGUAUCGAUCUGCAGGGAAGUCUCAAUAACUAUACGCUGGAACAGUUCAUCAGCGGCACUUAUAGACUGAAUUCAACGGAGCAACUGCAAGCGGUACAAUUUGUUAAUCCCAUUGUAGUGGAGCAGCCACUUGUUGUGGCACGUCUCAAUGGACUGCGUGUGCCGCAAGAUAUGUUGCAUGCACAGACUGGAGGAAGUUUCCAAGCACCGGUUACUAUCAAUGGACAACUCUUGGUUGCGCCGGAGCAGCAAUGCAAUGUUGGUAUACUCAAUGGCAUUCCAUUGGAUAAACUGAGCGCUUACUUGAAGCAUGCGGGUGAUACGCUGCUGGUGGAACAAGCGCAAUUUGAGCAGGCGCCCAGCUACGAGAAACUAAAUGGAUACCAACUGCAGCAGCUGCUGGAUGAAAUAUGGCUGGACAAUGAAGAGAUUAUAUUGCAAGGUGUGCAAUUGGCGAAUGCCAGCUUUGAAGGUUUAUUGGACUUUGAGGGCACGCUUAAUGGACUUAAUGCGGAGCAUAUCGGGCGCAACUAUUUUAGCCGAACGCGCAGUCAGCAGCCCGCUGCUAAUGUGGCUCUCAACUUUAAGCAUGACGUCACUUUUACACAACAACUCACAGCAGAGCAAGUGCGGCUACGUGUACAAAAUGGCGCACUUGUUGAGGGCAUGGGCAUAGGCAACAACUCGCUUAAUUUUGAUGAUUUCGUAUCGAAUACAUUGAAAACUGCUGGCACACACACUGUAACUGGACAAUGGCAUUUACCAGAGGCUACGGUACAAGCGAGCUUGCAUCAUGUGUCAAUAAAUCAACUUAAUUUGGUUGAUGACGUGCUGCGCAGCGACAACCGCGGCAUUACAACAAUAACUGCACCAAAAUAUGUUAAAAGUGCCGCUAUAAAACGCCUCUUUGCCACGCCGAGUAGCACAGUUGCCGGCGUGCCCGUUGCACAGUGGAUUAAUAACACGGUCUACAUUUACGGCAAUCACAGCAUUAAGGGCACAACUAUUUUGGAGUCAGUUAAUCUUUACAACGAUUUGCGCGUAGCGGGCACCGUCAAUGGCAUACACUGGCAGCCCGAUCAGCUUAUACUCUGCAAUCAAGAGCAGCAAAUACCAGGUGCAUUAGUAAUAGACAACACGUUAGCCGAGCAGCAACGCAUAUUGAGUAAUAAUAUGGAAGAGUUGUGGGUGGAUCGCAUUGAUGGUCUCGAUGUGAAUGAGCUGCUGGAAAACAAGGCACACAACCGUCCCAAUCUACACGUGGAAAGCAAGCUGAUCUUCAGCCAGCCUAUAACAGUGGCCAACUAUGAGUUUAGUGGUGUGCCAGAGAAUGUUGGACGCAAACUAAAACGGGGUGUACACGCAAAUAAGCUGGAGGAUUGGUCACAGCUGGAUGAGGAGUUGGCUGCGCUGCAAGAGCGUCUGGCAGAGUCAGCUUAUGUGCUGGAUAGCUUUACAUUGGUACACAAGCAAAAUGUCACAGACUUUCAACCAAGCGAGGACUCCACACUCAGUGGGGACUAUUACCUUUAUAAUACAACUUUAUUGAAUACAUCGACGCCCACUGAUAACACAAAGCAGCUAGACAAGAUAAACUUGGAGCAACUUGUUACCGAGACUGCGUUCGUUAGUACGUUACAUUUGGGAACGUAUGGCGAUUGUUUGGCGAUUCAAAAACAGCAUAAAGAGGACCUUGUUAUCUACUGUCCUGUUGACAGCAAUGGCAUCAUGGGGCAGCAAGGAGUGAUAUCAACGGAACAGAUCGUUAGACAGCUGCUGGUGGGUGUACCAGAGAGCGGUCUAUUAGCUUUACUGGGUCAGAAUGCUGUUGAGUUUUGGCGCUGGAAUGGCAAUUAUAGUUUGGAGCAGCGACUGAACAUAUCCGCUGCUUCAAAAAUGGCAUUUGCUGCACAUGAGCAGCGCAACUACUUGGCCGUACUGACAGCUUCGGGCAUACAAGUCUACAGCGCUGGAGAUACAAGCAUUUUACAAUUUGAGCUGGAGCAAGUGCUGCACUUGGAGCUGAGUGAACAGCCGCCACAAUUUUGCUUUGCCAAGUUAGAGAAGUCCAAGGAUCUGCUACUAGCGCUAAGCUAUGAACCUUUGAAAUCACUGCAUAUCUAUCAGCAUCAAGGCGUCGCAGGAUUUGUGCCCAUUCUGGCCUCAAACACACUGCAGACUCUGCCGCUGAAGCUACAGCUAACAGCAACGCGUGACAAUGAGCUGGCACUGGUCAACGGCGAGGAUAUAUAUGUGUUGGUACCGCAAUUCACAAAACUUUAG